AUGAAGCUGCAGAACAACAUCUCCUAUCAGAUGGCAGACAUCCAUCGUCUGAAGGAGCAACUGGCAGAACUGCGUCAGGAGUUCAUUCGCCAGGAGGAUCAGCUGCACGAGUACAAGAAGAACAACACUUACCUCGCCAGGAGGCUGGAGUAUGACAGCCUGCAGUGUGGGGAGCAGAUCAAGGAGAUGAGACUGCAACACGAAGAAAACGUAAAGGAGUUAAUGGACCGAGUUGCACGGGAACAAAAGGCCACACAGAAAAUUCAGUCCAGUAAAGGCACUGAAGUAAGCCCCAAUAACGAUGAGCAGGCAAUAUCCAAGACUGUUCCAGAGGCAGAAGAUAAAAACCCAGUCAAGAAUGAGCAGCCUUCGGAUCGUGCUGUAAAUGGCAAAGAGAAAAUCAAGCCAGGAGGAGAUGCAGGCAUGCCUGAACUAGAAGAUAAUGACCCUGCUAAAGCUGAAGAUACUCCCACUGCUUUAAAGAAGCCACUGAUUUCAGCUCCUAAAAGUGAAGGCCAUCAACCCGUCAUAAAUCUUCCAACGGAACAGCCCCAUGCUCCAAAUCUGGCACCAGGUUUGCACAGCGACAACGAUGGAAACGCUGAUAUUGCGAAGCAGAUACCUCCAAAUUCGCUCCAGCGCUUAAAUUUUGAAGAAAAUCUGGAAAACGAGAGGGAACACCAGAUUGAAACAGACCACAUAAAAAUUCCAAAGAGCAGAGUUAGUGACUUGCAGAAGAUGAAGCAAAGCCGAUUCUUUGAUGAGAACGAGUCCCCUGUGGACCCGCAGCAGGGCUCUAAACUGGCAGAUUAUAAUGGGGAUGAUGGGAACGUGGGGGAGUACGAGGCAGACAAACAGGCCGAGCUGGCUUACAAUGAGGAAGAGGAUGGUGAUGGUGGAGAAGAAGACGUCCAAGAUGAUGAGGAGAGAGACCUGCAGAACGACCUGGUGGAUUACGGCAAACCGCGCUUCAGCGACGGCGUCCUGUGA